CUGCAUUUCUUCGAACCGCAUACGCCUCGUGCAGGGAACUUCAACCGUGGCUUACGAUUUUCCGAAACUCCAAUCCGAACAUGCUUCCCUACGUACCUUCUACGUCAAGCACUCGCGUCGUGGCUGUCAACAGGCCACCUCCACCAAUGACACCAGAACCAUCUGGUUAUAGAGAACUCCCAGCGGUCCAUCCUGGUUUUCAAGAUUACGCACCUCCUGCAGCACUUGCAAUCACGGCGCCUGUCCCUAGAGCACCUCUCUACGAGACCACAAUGUGUCGUCACCGUCCUCUGGUUUCAGAGGCAUCCGAAACAGAAGAAUCCACGCUCACGGACUCUGAAGAUGAACGACCUCGCAUCAACUGGUUAAGAGAGGCCUUGCUCUGCUUUUUAUGCAUUGGGUUCAUUACUGUCGCAUUAUUACUCGUGGUACUGAUAAGUUUUCAAGGCCGUACUACCAUAUGCAAAAGUUAUGCCUGCGGCGAGUACAGUCGUCUCUUAAAGGCUUCCAUGAGCAGCACGAUGAAUCCUUGUCACAACUUCUACGAAUUCGUUUGUGAAGGCUAUGAUAAGAAGCAUGAGUUGUCUGUACGAGAACAGCAGCAUCGCUACCACAUAGGUGUCGUGGAGAGCUACGCCGCCCUCCUCCGGACGCCUCCGACGAGACAGACAGCAGAACAGAAAGCGGCUAAGUUCUAUAAGACGUGUAUAGAGUUAAUGCGAGGAGAAAGGAACGAGUCCGAUGAGUUCAAGGCGUUGCUGAAGAAUAUUAAUUUCACUUGGCCACAUCACCAGGUCUACCCCGACUUACUGCGCGUGAUGGGAACCGGUCAAAUUUACCUCGGCGUCAGUCCGUUCCUCGUGGUCUUAAUAAGUCAACCAGUGGAUGAAUCAGUUCUCGUCCAUUUGGCGCCCGGGACGUUUGUGUUUGAAUGGCAGCAGAUACGACAAAGACUCAUCGAGCAAAACAAGUAUUACUCUUAUUACGCGACAGUUUAUGAAAUCAUGAGUGGCGUUAGGCCGAAUACGUCAUCAUUUUCGGAGCACAAACACGUAGAAGAUAUCAUGAUGUCUCGUUUAGCCGUAAGCCCACCAGAGAGAACGACAGUGCACCUGUCUGAAUCAGAGUUCAAAGAUGCCGUCACGACGUACGAAUUCUCUCGGUGGAGAACGCUGCUGAACUCGUUGUUUAACAUCGCUCAAUACAAGACCUUAGCUGUGAGUGUUGCCAGUCUCCCUUUCUUGACAGGCCUCAAUGACGUGAUGGCACAAUUGUCAGAGGCGGAUAUGACACUGUUGUACGAAUGGGCAGUGUUGUAUGAAUUAGGCCUAUACUUCUUUCCAGAGCUGGCCAUCCUAGCUUUUGGAUCACCAUCGGCUGCUAGUGAAGCGGGUUGCUUGCGUUGCUAUGUGCACGUAGAGCGCUACAUGAGUAGUGCAUUGUCCCACGCUUACGUCAAGGCCAGCGUCUCACCUAGCACCUACGGAGUCGUCAAGGACAUGAUCCUGGAAAUCAAACACCAAACUGCAAGACGCUUGCAAGGCCUCCGCAGAUUCACAUUCGACUACGCCCUCUAUUGGAGCAGCAAAGAACAGACGGAUAUAUUUGGUUAUUACGAUAUCCACUCUAUGUACCUCAUGGUGCUUUCAGGCAUGUACCCAGAUAUGGGUGACUUAUUCCUCAAGAAUCACAUUAAUGCAGCCACAGUAUGGAGAGGAUGGGCUCAUCCGAAACUGUUCGACCGAUCCUACUUGCAAGACAGAGACCCUUACAACUUGUACCAUCAUGAUGUAAAAAAGAUAUUUGUUUCGCCGGUUGCCCUCAUGCUCCCACUGUUCGCUAUGGAAACGACUUUCGCACUGAAGUAUGGUGGACUGGGGGCUCUCAUAUCAACAGCGUUGUUUGAAGAUAUCUACGUCAACGCUCUUGCGAACAUGACGGACGUAGAUAGAGAGUCGUUCAUUAUUGUUCGCGACUGCCUCGGCGGUGGAGCGAACGAUUCACACGUUACCGAGUCUGACAGAGCAGUCUACAUGGCAGCGUCAAAUAACGCUCUGUGGGACGCAUACCGUGCAGCGGAAAGCAGCCUGCAGCGUCGUCCGCCCUGGAUCAUUCGGACUUUUCCUCGACUAGCGUCUCUGUUUGGAGAUCAGGAAGAGAGGAUUUUGGGAUUGCCUGAGUAUAGUGCGGACCACCUGUUUUUUAUAAUAGCGUGCUACAUCAACUGCGGUGGUACCAAGGAAAAAUACCAGGAUGUAUGCAAUGUUAUGGCAAGAAAUAGCAGAAGGUUUUCUGAAGCAUUUAGGUGCCCUAUCGAUAGUCCCAUGAAUCCCGUGCAAAAAUGUGGGUUGUAAUCGUCGCAUAGGAUGUAUAUAUGUCAUUGCACGGUCACCAAACUUGACCCCAUGAGAUGCAGAUAAUCCCUCAUUGUACAACUGUUAUGUAAAUGUGUUUCUCAGGAAAGAUAUUGAUGAAAAUGGA